AUGUGUGGGAGCAGCACUAGUAGUGCCCGAACGUGGGCGCGCACUGUGUCUCCGCAUGUGACGUACUAUCUGCUUGUGCGGGAGUGCGAGCUCGAUAGGACUCGUAUGGAUACGGAAAGUCAGAGCGGGGGAUUUGUGGAUCACUUGUUCAACUAGUGAACAAUCUCUUGUCUGAGAUCACGAUAACAUAGAAAUGUCGGGGGAUAACGAAGAAACACAGACGACUGAGAACACACCAAUGGACGAGAAGGUUCAGGACAAGGUGAUCAGUCCUGAGAAGUCAGAGGAGGCUAAACUGAAGGCCAGAUACCCAAAUUUAGGAAAUAAACCUGGGGGCUCUGACCUGCUUCGCAAACGGCUCCAGAAAGGGCAAAAGUACUUUGACUCUGGAGACUACAACAUGGCUAAAGCCAAGAUAAAGAACAAGCAGUUGCCGACAGCUGCGCCAGAGAAGACAGAGAUCACAGGGGACCACAUCCCCACCCCCCAGGACCUGCCCCAGAGGAAACCUUCUCUGGUGGCCAGUAAACUCGCAGGCUGAUGCACACACAGCCUCGACAGCCCCUGCAGCACAUCCCCGCUCUGACCUCUCCACUCACGUCUCAGAGCUGUAACGUUACCUCUCCCACCCCUCACAGUACCUGUCCCCUGCCUAUGCACCCUCCCCACCAGCCUGGACUCCACCCAA